AUGGUCAAUAUUGGCAGGUCCAGUACCGGUUGUGCGUUGUGCCGGAAGAGGAAGAUCAAGUGCGACGAAGGUAAACCUGGUUGCAGGCGAUGUGCACAGGCACACAAGAUUUGCCCAGGAUAUCCCUUCCAGCUUCAAUUGCAACUACGUCUAGACCAGUUACCUUCAGCAGGAGUACCUGCUACGCGGGAUUGCCCGCUUGGUCCAAUCCCACCGCCGGGCCAGCCUGGUGACAUCGAACAACAGACGAUAUCGCGUCUUGUUCUAGACAAAUUACAACAAAACAGAAUCAAAGCUGAGAACUCAUCCUCGUCGACGGGUGUGGACGACGCCGCAACAGCUCGUCGGUCAAUCUCACCGCCACCACGUUAUGACGUCCAGCAUCAAUCGCUCUGUUUUUUCGUCAACCUCUUCUGUUUCCAGGCAGGGCGACUUUACUCAUUUCCAGUCCUUGAUUUCUUGCCAGAAGUACUUCAGAAAGCCGACCCAUCCUCAUGUCUUCAUCAAGCGGCCACCGCUGUCUCUCGUCUGACCUUGGCCGACAGAUAUAGCGGCAAAGAUGUCCGACUGAACUCUGAUCCCCAAUAUGGUCAUGCGCUCAAAUUGGCAAAAGCCACAAUCCGUGACACGGCUGCUAGCAUACAAGACGAGACUGUGCUAGCCGUCUGGCUACUCGGGCUAUACGAACAUAUCAGUGUUCUUUUAACACAUUCGCGUAGAACAGCUGAAUCUCAGACUCUCGAGGAAGAAUGGCAAUCACAUAUAUCUCACGUUCGAGGUGCGAUGAGGCUAUUACGUCUUCGAGGGAAGUCGCAGUUCACGACAGCGGCCGGAAAGAAGAUCUUUCUCAUCUUCAGGGCUGCAAUACAACUGCGACUCUUCAUCUUAACUUCAGUUACGUCCAAAGACUUUGAUGACCUUGAAGUUGAUGUCUUCAAAGAAGAGAACGAAUUUGUCCCGUCCCAGACAGCGAAUAAGGCGACUGCCUAUUUUCACCGAGUCGCACAACUACUGGAGGAGGUUCGAGUAUUCCUUGCGCACAGAAAGGAAGAUCCCGCGAAGACGGUGGGCACGGCCGAGGACUUCGUUGAGCGUGGCGAAGCUCUCGAUGAAGCAAUGACCGGCUGGAGCAAGGAUGAGCCGGGGUGGGAUCUGCUGAAGGUGCGGGCUGCCACAGCCGGUACAAUGUGGGCUCUAUAUCCCUCACAUGCACGAUACCAUUUUUACAGCUUUUGGGUUUAUCUAUACUGGAUACGAUUUCUCACCGCCCGGAUUAAGCUCUACGAAGGUCUUAUUGAGUUGCAAAAGCUGCUGGCACGAGCUCCUGCCGAUCAGCGCUCUAGCACCGCUGCUCCGAGACUCAAGAUAUCAAAUUAUGAGACCAUCAUCCAGACGACCGCCUCCGAAUUGAUUGGUCUGACAGCAUAUGCCUUGGGCGAUGUCACGCCUGUGGGUGGGUUUAAUUCGUCAGCAUCUGGGGAAUAUCCAGCGAGAGGUGUCCAGGAGAUCAAUGUAGUCGCAGCAAUGCAGCUGGUCAUUCCGCUGAAAAUGUUGCAGCGUUCAGCCUAUCCUACAGCUACCCAGAAAGGAGCGGUUGAUCUCGCCAUCUCUCAUAUUGGUGACGGGUUCCGACGGCAGCCAUUGAUGUUCGCUGGAUGA